GGGGCCGGGCCAGAAACAGCAAGCGGAAGCCAUCAAGGUGGAGGAGAGGAAGCGAGGAAGAAGAAGGGCCGAAGGGCUCCGGCGAAGCAGCCAUUAGGAAAGUGCUGAUGCAGAGGUUCACUCGUGCCGACGGGAAGAGUUGGAAUAGUUGCUGUUCACGGACAAAGGCGGUAGGAGGGAGUGGAGCUUUGUAGAAGCUGGAGUCUGUCUCGCUGGGCGUCUGUGUUUCAUUCCCUGUCAAAAGCCUCGGAGCCGGGGAAAAGCAGGGAAGCGCCGAGCUGCAGCGCUCGCUCCGGAUCAGAUAGCGAGAAAACCAAUAGCAGGGAGAAAAAAAAAAAAAAAAAAAAGGGAAAAGAAAAAAACCAACCCACCCUCCACGCCGAGCCUGAAAGAGGCAGGUCGCUGCCAAGUGCACAGCGCCCAUCGGAGCGGCGAGGACGUCUACCCUCCCGGGCAGGAGCGCGGCCCCGAGGAUAUUUGAUGACACUUUGGCAGCGAUGGGUCCCCCAGCAUCUCGCGGAGCCCAUUUGAGGGCGAAGGCUCUGCGGGCGCAGAGGGAGUUUGAAGCGAAAUUCACCUGAGUCUGGAUCUCUUGGUCGCUGGGAUUUAUUUAUUUUUUUCCUCCGGGAAACGGGGGGGGGGGUGGCAGGGGGAAACCGAACCCACAAAAACAUUUUUUUUUUCAAUCUCCCUCUUUUUGUGUGCUUUUUUUUUUUUUUUUUUUUCCUGGAAGAAGAUUUUUUUUUCCCCCGCGGGUGGUUGCAAUGGAGGGGUUGGGGCUGCGCCCGAGAAGAAGCAGCCGAACGCCGGAGCCGGGAGCGAGCAGAGCCGAUCGGGGGGCCCUCGCCAGCUAACUCGCCAGGACGCCCGGCCCCGAGCCCGGGGGGGGGCUCGAUGCGGUGAGAGAGCCUCUCACGGGAUCCUCUUGGUGACGCUGCGGCCAAGACGUGGAAGCUUGGGACUUCUCUUCCACCGCAGCAGAAUUUGGGGGGUGGGAAGGGGUGGGCCAGGGGGACGCCGGGAGUCAGAAGACCCUUUUCCUUCACUGUGGGCUUGGCUCAGGGAUGACUGCGGGCCGAGUCAACCCUUACAGCAUAGUGUCCUCCGAGGAAGACGGGCUGAGGUUGACCACCAUGCCAGGUAUCAACGGCUUUGGCAACGGGAAAAUCCACACCAGGAGGAAAUGCAGGAACAGGUUUGUAAAGAAGAACGGCCAGUGCAAUGUGGAGUUCACCAACAUGGAUGACAAGCCUCAAAGGUACAUUGCAGACAUGUUCACCACAUGCGUUGACAUUCGCUGGAGAUAUAUGCUAUUGCUCUUUUCCCUGGCGUUUUUGGUGUCCUGGUUAUUGUUUGGCCUGAUUUUCUGGCUAAUUGCACUCAUUCAUGGAGAUCUAGAAAACCCAGGCGGAGACGAUACCUUCAAGCCUUGCGUUCUGCAGGUCAAUGGCUUUGUGGCUGCUUUUCUGUUCUCCAUCGAGACCCAAACGACUAUUGGUUACGGAUUCCGCUGCGUGACAGAGGAGUGCCCGCUCGCCGUCUUCAUGGUGGUCGUUCAGUCCAUCGUGGGGUGUAUAAUAGACUCUUUCAUGAUUGGUGCAAUAAUGGCAAAGAUGGCCAGGCCCAAAAAACGGGCCCAGACAUUGCUUUUCAGCCAUAACGCGGUAGUGGCAAUGAGAGAUGGAAAACUCUGCCUGAUGUGGAGAGUUGGGAACCUCCGGAAAAGCCACAUAGUAGAAGCCCACGUACGAGCUCAGUUAAUUAAGCCCAGGAUCACAGAAGAAGGGGAAUACAUACCGCUCGACCAAAUAGACAUCGAUGUGGGGUUUGAUAAAGGCUUGGACCGUAUCUUCUUGGUGUCCCCCAUUACCAUUCUCCACGAGAUCAACGAAGACAGCCCGUUGUUCGGGAUCAGCCGCCAGGACUUGGAGACGGAUGACUUUGAGAUCGUGGUCAUCCUCGAAGGCAUGGUAGAAGCCACUGCCAUGACGACGCAAGCUCGGAGCUCCUACCUGGCCAGCGAGAUCCUGUGGGGCCACCGCUUUGAGCCUGUUUUGUUCGAGGAGAAAAACCAGUACAAAGUAGACUAUUCCCACUUCCACAAAACCUACGAGGUCCCGUCCACCCCCCGCUGCAGCGCCAAGGACUUGGUGGAGAACAAAUUCCUGCUGCCUAGCACCAACUCCUUCUGCUACGAGAACGAGCUGGCCUUCAUGAGCCGCGACGAGGAAGAGGAAGACGACGACAGCAGGGGUUUAGACGACCUGAGCCCGGACAACAGGCACGAGUUCGAUAGGCUUCAAGCUACGAUAGCGUUGGAUCAGAGGUCGUACAGGAGGGAGUCAGAAAUAUGACUCUUGGCCCUUCCACUGACUUUUCCGAGGGUAUUUUUUUUCCUCCUCUAAUCUCUUCCCCCACAACCCGCUCCAAUUAUGCAGAACAAUGCAAGUGCCAUAGGAAUGCUUGAGAAAUUAGUAUUGUUCUUAGUUUUCAGUUUCAUUGCAAUAACCACUGGCCGGGCUGCAGGAGGGGACGGCGGCAGGCCGCGGGGCGUUGCGAACGUGCAGCGUCCGCGCGGAGCCUCGCCGGCGUCCCGGGGCGGUUCGAUCCCGGGGUGCGGAGAGGGCGAGUCCGCGGGCCGCGGGCGCUCGUCCCGCGAGGGGCUGCAGGGCUGCGCUCCCCCCGGGGAAAACGCGAGCGGGUCCUUGGAGCUGAGCACUGCGAGAGCCAAAAAGAGGAAAUAUCAGGAAACAAAUCUUUCUCUCUCUCUUUCUUCUUUCCUUUUUUUUUUUUUGGUUCUUUUUUUCUUUUUUAACUGAGCAACGACAACAAAAAAUUGCUCCUUCCGGCAGGCAGUAGGAUUCAGUUGCACAAGAACAACACUUGAAAUAACAUGCAACAUUAACGUACUUCUUUUUAAUUCGGGAAAAGGGGGGAGGGAGGCGAGAGGGUUUUUAAUUUUUUCAACGUAACGUUUGGGAGACUGUUUACCAAAAUAAUAAUAAUAACAAUAAUAAUAACAAUAACAAUAAUAAUAAUGUUAAAUCUGAAAGAAGUGAUUCAGUAUUUUUUAAAAAUGAACAAGGGGAUGAAUAAGCCACCGGGGUCCUUUGAGGGGGUGACUUGCUGGGCAGAUGCAAGAGCUAAAGUCAGGAUUUCAUCCAAUUUUGGGUUUUUUUUCCCGCCGGCAUGGCUUCACUGGCAGAGAGCGGACGUAAGUGGCUGGAGAUCCGUGGCAGUGAAAGCAAGUAGCGUAAUUACUGGCAAAAUAGCUAAUAAGGGAAAGCCAGGCUGCGAUAGAAAGAAUCCUUGGAAACACAAUAAUUAGCCCAUUUCUGGGAAUAUUUGUCCUCAGGGUGGAGAUCGAGGGUGUGAGCCGCUGAAGUGCCGGACCUUCCCCAACACCUCCAAUGGGCAAGUCAUAGGUUUCACUGUGGCUCAACCGAAGUGACAAAAAGCACAAAGAGCAGCGUGAAAGCUCUGGAAUCGGGGGAUUUUCCCAGGUUCUGAUCCGAUUUGCUAUUUUCCCCUUGAACAAUUCAGUCAUUUCAAACGUGGAAAUCCAUGGGAAGUUUGUCCAACUCGCUCACACGUCUUGCCCGCCCGGCCCCGCGCGUCGGUGCCGCUGCGUUUCCGCGCCAGGCUGGCGUUGAUGAGUUACGAAUUACCCACCGAGUCAGGAAUUAGUCCAGUGCAGAGUCCCACGUGGUCGAGGAGCCCCCCCAGCCUCGCGCGCCCCGGCCGCCGGGCGGAUCGUGCCUUAGAGCCGUGCAACGGCCCCGUUCCCGCGCCGCCGGCCCCGUUCCCGCGCCCCGGCGUCGCGGCAGCCGCGGGCCGCACGCGGUUUGGCGUUUUGCUUUCCGGCCAGGCAGCCCCGGGGCGCUGGGAAUUUCGGGGAGAGGGGGGCAAUGAUUUGCCGCCGGGCGCCGGGGCGUCGUGCGACCGCCGAGGUUACGUCUCCGCAGCGCUUUCUUCCCGCUCCGUUAGCUGCCGCGUUGAUCGCCAAAACCCCGUGCCGCCCAUCGCGGCGGCUCUUCCAUUUUUUGGCUAAAAGAGAAAACCGCUCCUCCCCUGCCGCCGCGGCGUCCGGGUGGGGAGGGGAGGCAGCGGAUUGGGGAGGGGGGAGGCAGAGAGAUUUUGUGUGCGCACUACUUAUUUAUUUUUUUAAAAAAAGGAUGCUUUUAAGUGGUUUUAGGUUCUUUUGAAUAAAUAAUACUUAAAAAAAAAAAAAGGUGCACAUCUUGCUGCUGUAGGGUUCUCAGAGGGUUAAUUUCUUUAUAAAUAUAUAUAUCUCACAGUAAAUAUUUGUAUAAAAAUGAAAGAUAACUAGAGAUGUCUUUAAGUAAAUUAUUGCUUUAAAAAAUAUAUAUAUGACUGUACAGUGUUACCUGGGAGAAUAGAAUAAUAUAUACAGAUGUAUUUUUAAACUACUGUGUAGGAGGAUGGGAACAGGGUUGGGGGAGAGCCGGCGGCCGGCGCAGGGAGGUGAAUUUCGGACCCUCCCCGACUCCCGUUCCCGCCCCCCUCCCCGAACCCCCGCUAGCGAAGCCCCAGCUCUGGCGAGUCGUCUUAUAUAUACUGUAUAGUCCUAGACAUGGAACAUGCUGUUACAUAAUGUAUAAAUAUUAUUUUUGCCUA